UCUUACGAUAGCCUUCCGCCGUACGACAUAGUGCUCGUAGCGCUCUUGCAUUUUAAGGAUUGCAGAUACGACACACAACACUGAGCUUCGACAAUAGACAUUUCCGUCGUUUUGGCGGUUGUUACACGUUUAAGCUGUAUUUUUCCCACUGUGAAAAUACCCCGUCUCUCAAAGGCGUUUGAAAUCGGACACCGCUGGCAUUGAGGCCCUCACUUUUGUGCGGAGGGAUACGUUGUUGCGUCUGACAAUGUGGACGGAGGUGGUGAAGAUGUCUACGAGAAGAAUGAAAUCAUCUCAGUUGUAACAACAAAAAGGAAGACGCGAGAUUAGUUACUAUAAUAGAUUUGUUUGCACCCAGACUUGUAACAUUGUAGCACACACGUGGGCGCUGUGUUGAAGAGCAGGCUUACCGGGACAAAAGGAAAGACAUCUACGGUGCUCCAAUGCGUUUCAUGCGCUGAGGUCGAAAUUCUCUUGAAGUUUUAUGUUUUUCUCCUCGCCAGUCUCCGCUUUUCUUUUUACUGUUGGAUAUCAGACACUUGCAGAGGAGAGGGUUUAUUAGAGACUGAAGGGUAUGAACGAACAGCAGCAAAGAAUGGCUGCAGUGGGAACUGACAAGGAACUCAACGACCUCCUGGAUUUCAGCGCGGUUGUGUCAGCCCAAGAUAAUUCCAUCCUUCAUUCUUGGCAUGCAAAGAUGUUCGCGCCUCCAGUAGCCAAUGGGAAGAACAGGACGAUGACGCUCGCCAGCAGUCAGUUCGGUGGAUCAGCGAUAGACGAGCGCAGCGGCUCUGGGUCUUGGGGCUCGGCAGAACAGAACAGCCCCUCUUUCAGCCAAGGACGGGUUUAUGGUGAAGGUCCCCACUACAAUGAGCAUGAAGGCCUUUCCUCUCCGUUCAUCAGUGCAGGGGUUGCAGGUAAAAAUGAGAGGCCACCUUACCCUCCCUUUGGAAGCCAGCCUGGUUUUCAUCCUAACGAAAUAGCGAUGCCUAGCCCAGAUGCCAUGUCCCCCUCUGGCCUGAAAUCCGGCUCCCAGUUUUACCCGUCGUACCCCAACAACCCCAGGAGAAGGCCGCCUGACGCAGGUAUAGAAACCCAGCCAAAGAAGAUUCGGAAACCCCCUGGCCUGCCGUCUUCGGUGAGAGCUUAUUUCUGCUCGCCUUCACAGCUCACGGUCCUUUCUCUCUCCCUCUCUCUCUCCCUCUCCAGUUUCUUACUCUCUUUUUUCACUACACACUUCAUAGACACACAGACACACACACUGCACUCCCCACUCUGCUUGAGCAGCGCUGUGACAGACGGGGGUAAAGACCCUCUGCUCAGUCAGAGUCUCAGUGAGCUGACAAGGCAACUCAGGCCCCAAUAAACAUCAUCACUGCGGUUGUCUUUACACUACACUCAAGUGGUUUCAAGUGGUCUUCAAGGUCUGGUUGUCAUGUAGACGAGCAAUUUUAUAGGAUUUAGGGGACUUUGUCGAGCCUGGUAACUCACCUUCACUGUUGGCUCAAUAUGAAUAUGUGUUUUGUAAGAACACCAAGGUCCUGGAUUUGGGUAAUGAAGAAACAUGCUGCCAAAGCAAGAGGGUUUGAAGUAAUCUGUGUUCUGGUGGUUUGUUGAAUGUUGGAUCCAGUUCAACGUUUGUAAUAAGACUCUAAGGAUUUGUUGUUAGGGAUAGUUCAGAUUUUUUUAAAAUAGCAUUAUGUAAUGUCCUGGUACACUAUGUAGAGUGAGUGUUUUAUCAAUAGUAGAUGGAAAUGGGCAAGACUCCAGUUUGGAGAAGCAGAGAGGAGUUACUGAAUGGAAGCAAAACCGUGUAGUGCUGUGGA